CCGGACUAACACCUCCCAAUUGAACCCAGCAUUCGAGGAUUCUGAACUCAGCAAGCACUCGGACGUCGACGGCAUGGCGCACCAAAUGGACUUGAGUGUGCAGCAAGAGCUGCGCAAGCUCCCUGGCAACAACAAAUGUGUCGACUGCGACGCGCCGUACCCGCAGUGGGCGACGGUCUCGUACGGCACGUUCAUGUGCCUAGAAUGCUCUGGCCGCCAUCGAGGCUUGGGGGUACACUUGUCCUUUGUUCGGUCCGUAUCGAUGGACUCGUGGACGGACAAGCAGAUCCGUUUGAUGCAGUUGGGCGGGAACGACCACUUUCGAAGCGAGUUUGACAAGGCUGGUGUUCCCAAGACGUUGAGCAUUGCCCAAAAGUACAACACACCGCAAGCCGAAGCAUUCCGCAAUCGGUUGAAUGCGUUGGUAGAGGGCACGACGCCAGCUCCACUGCCGCGAUGGGAUCCAUCGUCGCUGCCUAGUGGCACUGGCGGAGCCAGUGCCGGUGACGCGAAAGGCGUUGAAGCGCUGAAAGGCGAAACCGAGCAAGAAUAUGUCGCUCGCCAACUUCGUCUCCGUGAAGAAGCUCGUGCUCGUAUGGCGGCCAAGUUUGGAUCUGGCGGAAUGCAAGGAAUUGGCAGUGGCGGCCCCACGACAUCUUCAAGCAGCAGCGGCAGCGCCGGGGGGGGCUAUGCUGACGUCACGAGCUCUCUCGGCUCUGCCUUCAGCUUGCUUUCCACGACCGUGACGUCGGCGGCGUCGUCCGCAGCCAACCUCGUGAAGAACCCCGAGCUCACAAACACAGUCUCGUCUUCUUGGAGCACGAUGCAGGCCAAGCUCACGGACCCAGAACUGACCAACACGGUCAAGUCGACUGCGUCAUCCAGCUGGUCGUAUUUGACAACGACCACGUCGUCGCUGCUGAAAAACGCUCAGUCGCUGGUCGACCCAAACGCCGCAAGUUCGUCUGGGGGAGCUAACGACGGUCUCUUCUUCCCGCGUACGAAUCCCAACUUGCCGGAAACAAGCAAGUAUGAAGGAAUUGGCGCAUCGACGUUGAACCGACCUGCUCCUGCGCCGACCUCGUCGCGAACAGCCUCCUUUGACAGCCUUCCCGCCCCACCUGCGCCCGCAUCGACGACAUCGCUCCAGAAGCCAGAGCCGUUGGGCUCGACCUUGGCGCCGUUGCCGGUGCCAGCCCCAGCGGCUGCCCCGAAAAAAGAAGUGAAAAAAGACGUCGAUUUCUUUGGGGAAUUUGGAAUGUAAUUUGCAUGGUUCGUUCGUUGGUGUAGUUUUUUUAAUGGACGAAAACGUACUACAGAAUAAAAAAAGAUUUUUUGCGUUUCCGU